GUCCGCUAAUACUUAUGUACAAGAUAUUCAAAUGGCAUAAAUAUUCGGUUUACAGAUGGAUAAAAAGUUGAAGCAAGCACUUUUAAUUGGUCCAAGUUAUGGAUCAGACCUGCCGCCCUUCUGUCAACCUCUUAAAGGCGUCCACAACGACGUCUUGUUGAUGAAGAAAAUGUUGACUAGAAAUGGUUUCCUGUUAGAGAAUAUAAAGGUUUGAAACACAGUCAAUCUUCACGCAUAACUUUGUUGAUCUGUUCUUUUCAUGGUUUUAUGGUUUCGGAAUUGCAUGUUAAUUAGAAGUUUUCUACAAUCACUCAAAUUCUAAGGUACGGAAGUUAAAAGAGAGGAAUAGUUACAACAGGGGUCUUUAGACUUGAUUUAUUUAACAGGUAUUCGCAUUGAUUCCCAAUGACGGUUUUUUCAGGUUCUUGAAGGUGACUUUGCCUCUAAAGAGGAGAUAUUGAGGUCCCUUGAGGAACUUUCAUCUACAGUUCCCAACGAAUCAGUGGUAAUAAUCUACUUUAGUGGCCAUGGCUAUCAACUAAAAGAUGAAUUUGAUCAGGGUUUAAUUCCUGGUGGCCUCAAGAAAGAGAUGGUAAGCGGAAAAUAUACAAUAAUAUACAUACAACUUUCCUCCUUCGUUGAUUACAUGACCCAGGAGUUCGAGAAGUAAAAAAAAACACUUACAUUAAAUUUAUAAUAAGAAAAAAAUCAUGUUCAGCAUGACGUGGGUUUAGGUCACCAAAUCAUGAUUUUUUGACAACCGGUUAAUAAUUCUAAACGUCACUUUAUUUUCCUAGCGACAUUUUUGAUCUGUUACCAGGGUUUAUUUUUCUUCCUUUCUUUGCCGAAUUUGCUGAGUAAGGUUUAGUAUUUAAAGAUAAUGUAGCAACGUUCUGGCUGUACAUGUACGUACGCGCCAACGAACUGCUGCACACUCGUGAAUACCUCAGCCAAUCGUCUUUAUUAAUUGACUGAUAUAUCUUUUUCUACCAUAGUUUAAUGAAUAUCUUAUAAACGACAUGUGCAUCACAGGUGAACACUUCAAGCGUCACCUUCGUAAGCUAAUGGAGAAAAAAUGCGUGGUCAACACCAUCUUCGACUGCUGUUUUUCUGGUCGCUUGUACCGAGGAUCUAUGGAAAAAGGAAAAGCGCCUCCAAUCCCAAAACAGGUAACUUGAAUAUUUUCAUAAAUGAAUUGAAUGUUGCAAUAAAAAACAGGUCUCAGUUUUGUCUCCAUCUCUAGGCAAAUAAAUCUUUUCUUUCUAUCCUCUUAUUAAAAAAAAUCGUACACAUCAGAUAUAUUCUGAAGUGUCAACCGUCUCCUCGCCUUAACCGAUCAAGGGGCAGCCUGCUGGCAAAAGAAGGUCUCGCCCGGCCUUGACUGACGCUUACGACAGACAUGUACUGAAGUAUCGAGAUUUAUUGUAGGUCGUUUAUAUUUUAUGCAUCUAUAAUUUUGCAGCUUAAUUUGCCCAAGGAAUAUGUCGAAAAGUAUUGCGAGAUACUGAAAUCCAAAGGUCCAAGAAAACCUGUGGAACAUGAGAACCCAACGACUGUAGUCAACGAAUCACUAUGUGAUCAUCAGGUAAAGCUUUUUGUAACGAUAUAUGUACAAAACUAACGAAGAUAUUAUUAGACUUAUUACCCUGAUCACGUAUUUAAUAAGUGCCAAAUCAACUUAAAAAAAUGUUUAACUAACACAUCCUGAUUUUGAUGUUAAUGAAUAGCCAGUGGUUUCAUCUAUUCAAGAGAACCAACCUCCAAGCCCAGCGCAACACAGCGGCAUACGUCUUUCGUAUUCAAAACAGGAAUUCUGGACAUCAGAAGGAUGGACACCAUCACAACAUGAUAGAUUCAUUCACAUCGCAGCCUGUACGUACAAUGAACAAGCAUUUGAAGAUCCACACCCUACAAAUCCAUGUGGCCGUUUGACUUCUGCUUUAGUAAAAAUCAUGGAUGAAGUGCAAAAAGAAAACAAAAAGAUCAACUACGAUAUUCUCAGUAGGUAGGUUCUUCCCCUUUGAAAAACGUUUAGUAGUGUGAUACAACAGACAUGUCAUCCAAGCUGUCGUGUGUGAAUUAUGGUUCCUUUUUUCAGUCUAAUCAAACAGAAAUGUCAGGCAGAAUAUGACGACCCAAAUCAAACGCCCCAGUUUGAAGGCGGUAAUAUGGGCAUGGUCGUAUUUGACUUUUUUGACACAGGUAAGCAAUCAAAAGAAUUACUUGUCCUUUCUACGUUAUCAUCACCAUAAAGCUUUCACAGCUACAGCGAUAGUACAGGUGUCACCAAGAGUCGUAAUGGGACAAUAAUAAUCCCAUUACGACUCUUGGUGACACCGCCGUCAGACAAGAGAAAUUUUCAAACGGUGAGGAGAGUGCUUCAAAGCUAGGGUUGCUACUUUAACUUUUGAAAGUCUAAAGUUAACAUACCAAGCUUUAACGAAGACGAGUAUUGCCGACGCACAGGAAAGUAAAACCGCAGAGCAUAAUGGGAUUGAUCAAUAAAAUGCCAACCGAUGUGCAAAUAAUCUCCAGCGUUCCGAUUGGCUGUAUUUUCCUUUGGCUUAGUAUAGUGUGCAAUGGACUAUAUGUUUUUUAGUGUAGUUUAUUGUACUCUUCUCAAAUUAAAAAGAUUGAGUAAUUCCAACCCUGCCCUUGAGCCUUGGCUAGCCCUUACCCGAAGAGCUUAGGAGCAUCUUGAAUUCACAGUUCUUGCCAAACAAAUUGAUUUUCACAGUAUCUCAGCCAAAAGCACUUGAGAUUUGUGAUGUCUUCUUCAGGGAGGAAAAGGUUGACAAGGUUGUUCUCAAUGCUGGGAAAUUACACGGCGUUGUGGAUGGGCAGUAUGACGUUUAUAAAUCUGACGUCACCGAUGACGAGGUUAAUUCGAACGCUACUAGUGAUUCGAAGAUUGGUCAGAUAGAAGUUAUGGAAGAGAACAUCCAUGCGAUCAAAUCAUUUGCUAAAGUACUAGAUAAAGACGUUGAAGGAAAAAUAAAGGUAUGCUCCGUAAGAUUUAAGGGUAGAUUAAAUCUUCCGCUCCUUUAUACACCUUGUAAAAUAAAAGUAUACGGCUCAGCUGUGAGGUGUGUAAUAAUAAAUUGGCAAAAAAGUCCUCUUUCUGUGAGAAAAUGGACGCAUUCGUUGUUUUCGAAAAAAUCACUUUGGAAUCACUUAUUUGGAAAAGUAUUUUUAAGGAUCAGCAGUUUUUAAAACAUUGAUUCUCUCAGUUUAUUAUUAUAUACAUGUUCCGUCUAAUUUUUUCUGAACUUCAGUAUUUUUUAUCCUUAUUUCAAAUUGCAAAAUGUAACUCCAUUCUUAUUUUAUUAAAUUUCAUUUCUUAUCUUGUAGUAAUGAUAGAAGUGCUACUGAUUUGUUAGUGUAUUAAUAACGCUAUUUUGUGCAACCCUCGGUAAAUCCACCUUUAGCUCUUUGAAUAUUCAAUUUUACGUUAUUUCUUUGAGUAUAUUCCUUCACUGCUCUUUAUUUUACUGAGCUUCUGAUUCAGUGUUUUGCUUUAACUCAGGAUCAAAUACAAAGCAAAGCUAUCAAGCAGUUCUCAGUUCCUGAGCUGACUGAGGUGUUAAAAUGACAACUCAGUUUCAUUGAACCCGCUAGCCGUGACAAGGUGACGGGUUGUCUAUACUCAGGUGUUGUUAAAAUUCAGCUUUUUAAGGCGCUUUAGCUGCACCACUUUAGCAACGACUAUUAGAUUAGUUUCCUCGGUGGUCUACCUUUCACGCAUCACACUACAUUCAUAUCAUGGGCUAUGGGUGGGUUACACGUUGAGCUCAUAAAUGGAAUGAUAGCUGCUUCCACUUGCGCCCUCGUAUGCUGACGUCCGAGAUAUUACUGUUAACAUGUUAAUAUAUAAUGUAAAGAGAGUGCCUCUUGUUGUCCUCAAAUCGACGACAUUACAUUCUUUAAUUCAAACUUUUCCUCGCUUUUCUUUCUUAGGUUGGCUGUAAAGCGGUCCUUAAGCGUCGCCGUAGUAUGUGCACAUCGGUCUUUGUGAAUUUUCCUACAUGUACAGAUCAGUCUCAAGUGGAGCAAGAACACAAAGACAGAUUGAUACAUGAAAUAGAAAAACAGGGCAUGUUUGCUAUAGAACGAAGCGAAACGACGCACAGUGUUACUCUAGACAUUCAAGUGGUAGAAGAGUAAGAAAAAAGAAGCUUUACUGAUCAGGGGAAGUGUGUGUAUGUAGGUGGGGGAGGGGGGUUCAGGGUGGCAGUUGGGUUGGAUGAUUGUUCACCUCCCAAUCAUAAACGAACAAACCUUAUUUUACCCACUCGGUCAACCAAGAGAGAAUCAUGGGAGAGAGACAGAACUGACGCGGCCCAGUCUGGGACUGAUGUGAAUUUAACCAUAUUAUUUUUGAAUUGAUCGAAAGUUGGUCUCCGGAGAGGACCGCAAACUUUUAUUCGGUGUUGUCAAGAGAGAAUUCAACAGUCACCAUUACAAUAUUCUGCCUUUUUCGCUCUGAAACGGUAGCGCGUGGUCUUGAUGACGUAUCUCUGCUAACGCCCUACGAUUCCCUCUCUUUCUCUUUCCAAUCAUUCUGUCUUGGGCCACUCAUAAGGGCUAAAACACUAUUUCUUUACAAAAACUACUGAGGUACAUUAUUGUUGUAACAAAACCUGAUUGGACGGAGAGCUCUACACAAGUGCAUGCCGUGUAUAAUGGAAAGGGUUUAUGUGGUUAGACUGGGCAUUUAAAAGUAGGACAUUGCAUGCUACGAUCAAGUAUAAUUAUACUGCUAAUCCAUCGAUAAUCUAAUCCAACGCGUAUCAUAAGGAAACACCUUUGGUUGAAAAUUUUGUACACAAUUAGGUAAACCAUUUUAUAUAAAUUACGAAUAGGAACGUACCUAGUAUCGUUCCAUGAGGAACACCGCAAGUCGUUUUCCAACAAUCGGAGACGGAUCGAGCCAUAAACAAAAUAUCUGAAUAGGAAUUAAUACAGUAAUUAAUUACCAGCUCUGUGAAAUACCAUCAAUA